UGUAUUAUUCCCGCCAUUCCUUGUAUUUUUAGUUUAGUGCUUGGCUUGCAUUUGUAUGCAGUGGUAGUGGUAGUGGCGUCGAAUUUGCUAUUAACAAAAAUUCUCUAUAUUUUUGAAAGAAAUUACGUGGUUUUGUUCAAUUUUCAAGAUGCGCUUUGGAAAAAACAAUAAAAUGCAACAAUACGUUCACUAUAGGGUUCGCGUCUUGAUACAGGACUCACGUACCUUGAUCGGUACAUUCAAGUCGUUUGAUAAGCAUAUGAAUUUGAUACUGGCAGAUUGUGAAGAGUUUCGUACUAUUUCUUCCAAAAGUCCAAAGUUGAAGGAUCGUGAAGAAAAGCGAGUUCUAGGUUUUGUGUUACUUAGAGGUGAACAAAUUGUGUCAUUCACCAUAGAAGGUCCGCCUCCUCCAGAUGAAGGAUUACCACGUGUGGUUUUCCCAAAAAAUACUGCAAUCCCAGGUGCUUGUCGCGCAGCAGGUCGUGGAGUUCCAAUUAACGCGCCAACACAGCCAGCAGGACUUACUGGACCUAUACGCGGUAUACGCGGUCCACCACCGCAACAUUUGGUUCCAAUAAUGCGUGGCAGACCUCGGGCACCUCUGAUGCUAGUACCCCCACCAAUACGUGGUCCUCCACCGCCAAUUCGUGGUCCUCUACCUGUGCGUGGCGUACCACCACCAAACUUUUUGAGACCUCCACAAUGAAAAUAUGCUUAAUGUAUUUAAUACUCAUAUGCAUUGAAUAAAUAAAAAAUUUUUUUUCUCUA